UCGAAUGAACUUUUAUUUUGAAGAGACUCUUAUUUUGAAGGGCUUUUGUCUCGCCGGAAAGUUCCUGGUUCACAGGUUGUUUGGAUCAGUAGUUUGAGGAGGCUAGCUGGAUUUACACAGCUACAUUUCUGUGUUCAACUGCAUGUAUUCAACACUGUAAACGCCACAGAGGCAACGUCUUUUCACUCUGACCUUGUAAAAUGAGAGAAAGAGCCACAGUAAAGAGCAACUAAAGCUUACUACGACUCAAGUCUUCAUUUGAGAGGAAGAGUUUAGCUAGUUGUAUAGCUGCAGUUGCUACACUGCAGUGAGGACAACAUAGUGAAAAGACGUUAAAAGGCUGGCGUCGUACACCGUGCUAAGAUGGAAGCUAAACAAAGUGACAAGAUUUCUGUGGCUAGUAGAAGAAGUUCACGGUCAUCUUCAGCAUCCACUAGCUCAUUAAUACGUGCACGAGCUAAAGCAGAGGCAGCUAGAACACGUCUUGCAUUUGCUGAACAAGAAGCUAAAGCUAAAAUAGAGAGAGCUGCUAAGGAGGCAGAGCACCAAAAAGAAAAGGCUGACAGAGAAGCUACAUAUCAGCUGGAAAAAGCAAAGAAGGAUGCUGAGCUAGAAGCGCUCACUAUCCGCAGAGAGGCAGCAAUGGCUGAAGCGGAAGCAGCCGUGUGGGAAGCAGCAGACGCAACAGAAAACUACGUGCUGUUAGGCGAAGUAGGCCCAUCAGAAGAGGAUAAAAUGUUACAGACAGAAGAAUACAUUACAUCUCACUUCAACCCACAAUCAUAUAAAGGCCAUCCUUCUACCGACUCCCCAGCUCAAGCAGCCAUUAAAGCUAGCCAGUCACCAAGUCAGCCUCCUGGUGUGUACGUCCCACCAUCAGUCAAGAUAGAAAAUCAGGCUCCACAUGGAGAAUCUGACCGGCAGAGGGACUCCACAAUGAGCCACACCAACUUGAACAGGUCAUCACAGCCCUUCUAUCCCCAGAGUGCGCCAACAACUUCCCACAGCGGACCCACGACCGAACACCUGGCACAGUACCUAGCUCGUCGGGACCUGGUGAGUUCAAGUUUAUAUCAAUUUGACGAUCAGCCUGAACAUUAUCGUGCUUGGCAGUCAUCAUACAUCAGUGCCACUCAAGGGCUAGGCCUCACAGCUACUGAGGAAUUGGACUUAAUGACAAAAUGGCUUGGUAGAGAAUCCAGCAACCAUGUCAAACGUCUACGGUCAGUGUACAUAACAAACCCAUUCAUAGCACUCACGAAGGCCUGGGAACGCCUCCAGGAACGUUAUGCAGCACCUGAAAUCAUCGAAAAGGCUCUUUUGAACGGCUCGAUAAUUUCCCAAGAGUUUCAGGAAAAGAACAGGUGAAGCUACGAGAACUAGCAGACUUGUUAAUGGAAGUGCAGUGCGCCAAGGAGGAUGGCUACCUCCCAGCUCUCUCCUAUCUGGAUACUGCACGCGGCAUCGAACCUAUAGUUGCAAAACUGCCCUAUGGGCUUCAAGAAAAAUGGAUUUCAGUCGGUUCAAAGCAUAAGUAAGAAAAUAGAGGACAGUUUC